GGCCUUUCUUUUUUCUUGUUGACACACGCAUUUCAUUUACAAUUUUUUUUUCCUUGUACAAAUAAAAUGGCUGAGCGCUUUGGCUUGUUUCAUACUAUGACGAUAACUCCAAGAACUUUUCCUCUUAUGAGCUUGUUCGACGUUGAGGGCACCGAACUCGAUAUAAACACAUUAACUCAGAAAUAUCAUUUAAUUCUCAUUACGCUAAAAAACACAGUCUGUCCCGCAUGCCCACAGUUGCUCAAGCUAUUAAAUCUAUACGGCUUGGACCCCCAUACCAAUCAGUGGAUUGAUACAUUUACUAAUCAAGAAUAUCAAAUCGAUCCUGUUCGAAAAAAGUUUUUUAGGCUUCUUUUAAAGUAUGACACAUAUUUUAUUAUUCUUUGUCCUGGCACGAAUGCAGAAGUGCAGCAAGUACAACGCAAAACGCCGUUUUUGGAUUACCCGUUUGUAUCCACAGACGGAGGUGCAAAUGCGUUAGUAAAAGCACUCAAAGUCCAACUGUCGGAAGAAGAAUUUAUGCCCGCUAUGCUACGAGUAAGCCCUCAUACACUCUCUGUAAACUCUGUUUAUAUCGGUCGUGGCCCCGGACAAUACUUUGAGAACUAUUUGUUGAAGCAUUUGGUCGAGUUACGAUACAAACAAGAAAUAGCAGGGAUUACCGCAGUCAAACAAGCAAAUGAAGCAAUCAAUUUGCUUAAGCGAAGAGAAACCAAAUGUCAAGAAGGAAAGCUCGUCAGUACUUUCCUGAGUCUGUCUCCUAACGCGAUUCAAAAAACAGUUCCUCAUCAUCCCAAUGAUAUACCGAUAAAUACAUCUGGUUUAAACAAUCUACCCCGAGAACUCCUAGAAGCUAUCUUUUAUUCAUUUGAGAACGAUAUACCAUCCUUAGUCAAUAUUUCAGGUACAUGUCGUCUCUUUUACAGUGCUAUCUGUAACGUCAUAAUACAGCGUCUUAGGGCCCAGAUAGCCUCAUUGAUCCCGGCACUACCAAAACUUGGCGGAAAUGUGGUUUGGGAGGAAAUGGAAAUUGCCAACAUCGGUCUCGAUCGAUGGCCAUCCUCACACCCAGAAGGAGUCCCUUUCAAUAAAAUUGCAAGACUUACAUGUAAUUUAGAAGACUCACUUGCUCAAAUCAAUCAAUGGACUCGAUAUUGGAAUCCACGUCGAAUGAGGUCAAAAUGAGGCUCAUUUCCUAAAAAAAAUAAACAGUCAUUUUUUUUUUAUAGUUUAAGCGA